AUGUGGCGAAACAUACCUCAAGGAAACAUAAGAUUGCAGCUCUCUGUCAAGCUCCGUGUUAGUCCAAUGCUGAUCCAUACCAACAACAGAGUAUUGCCUGCCGUUACCCUUCAUAUUAAGAAUGCUGAACGGUUGAGUCAUCCAAAGUCAGCAGCUGUGUUUCGUUUCCUGACAGUUAUUACCGACGGCCAGAGGAGAGGCAACAUUGGGAAUAAAGUUGCUCGACAUGUAUUCCAUUGCAUUCUACAGGUUUUCAUUCCCCUUAUCAAGGUUGCCCCUCUUCAACCUGGACACGAGGGGGGGAAGCGUUUCUCAAUGCCUGUUCAGGGAUGUGAUAUUGUGCGACUUAUUCACCAAUGCGUUUCCCUAGGACUUGAACAGCACAUGGGCAUGCUUUUUGGCACGCUAGACACGCUGGCGGUGGCACAGUCUGCAGCCACCAUCGAGGGAUUUUCUCUUCCGCUCCUGAAAGAACUUGACGAGGUGCCUCCAGGACAAAUAAAUGACCCUAUACACAUACAGUUUUACAUGAUGGCACACCAGGUAGCAGCAACGAUUCGGAAACAGCUCGCCCUUCAUCUUCCGAAGUAUCAAGACAAGAGCUGUGAGCCCCAGCAUGUGCGCCCUCAGCCUCGAUAUAUAAGUCCGAAAGAAUCGCGAGAAGAAGAUCCUGGCUGUACAUGCAAAGAUUGUCUGAAAUUCGCUGCUUUCACGGAAGAUCCUACGGCUAAGAGCGUGAAGUUCGCUUUCGGGACUGAGAGCCGUAUUGCCCAUUACAAAACAUACCAGUUGCUUCAGAUCACCAAGGGGGGCUUUCAACAUACAUGCACGAUCACACCUGCGGAAAACAGUGGUGCGGAGAGCUACAGCAUUACCGUUAAAAAGACUAAAACUCAGUUUGCAAUGGGUACAAAAAAGGGCGAGGGCAGCCAAAAAACUCAAAGGCUUCAACGCCAAACACUACGGCCUCGGCCCCAAGGUCUAAGCCCAUAA